GCCUGCUGAGACACACUCAAUAUCCCAGAAGUCAGUCCACACGCCCGAGUUGUUUUCUGACUGUCAAAUAUGGCGGAUGUACUGGACCUACAUGAAGCAGGAGGCGAGGAUUUUCCUAUGGAUGAGGAUGAGAGCAUCCAUAAGCUGAAAGAAAAGGCCAAAAAAAGGAAGGGACGAGGUUUUGGAUCAGUAGAUGAGGGAGCCAGGUCUAGAGCCAGAGAGGACUAUGACACUGUGGAACAGGAUGGUGAUGAGCCAGGCCCACAGAGAUCGGUGGAGGGUUGGAUUCUGUUUGUCACUGGGGUACAAGAAGAGGCCACUGAGGAGGACAUCCAUGACAAGUUUGCAGAGUUUGGGGAGAUCAAAAACUUGCACCUGAACCUGGACAGAAGGACAGGCUAUCUGAAGGGAUACACACUUGUGGAGUAUGAGACGUAUAAGGAGGCCCAGGCUGCCAUGGAUGGACUGAAUGGCCAGGACCUCAUGGGCCAACCAAUCAGUGUAGACUGGGGCUUUGUAAGAGGACCACCCAAAGGCAAAAGAAGGAGUGGGCGGAGACGCAGUAGAAGCCCUGACAGGAGACGGCGCUGAUUCACUCCCAACUCCAAUUUCACUGGCUACUGCCAUACUGCUGACCCUUCCACCAACCAAUGGGAGACUGACAAGAAGGUUUCAUUCACAAUAGGUUAUUUUGUUACAAAUGUCAUUUUUAUUUUGCAGGUCUUUAAAGUGGCAAUAGAUGGUCAAUUUUCAGGUUUACACAUUUUCUAAGGAAAAUAAGUUAUCCAAUUUGUUACUCUUUUUAUCACUGCAUAGUUUAAUCCUCUGAAUAACUCAUGGUCUUUGGUGGUUUGGUAGGACUAUCAGUUCUUAUUAAACUGUUUAAAAUAAAUAAAUUGUUGAUAUUGGACCAAA